ACUGUGAAGCAUUCCAUUCAGAUGAAAGAAGGCGAGGUCAUAACGUCCACAGACCGCUGAGUACGGAGCUUUGAUACCGAAAGAGCACACUCUCAACUCACACAGAGGCGCAGUUAGUUACAAACAUGGCGAUCAUUUGUAAAAGGUGGACCCUUCCAAUCCUAGCUUCGGCAGUUUUCCUGCUAACAGUGAUUGUCGUUGCUUAUCACAGCGGCACUUACGGCAAGUUCAACAAACAUGAACGCUGGGUCGCAAAGUUGAUGGGUCGCAAGCCACUUCAUAUUGUCAUCAUCGGCUCGGGUCCAACGGCACUAGGCGCAGCACGACGACUUGCCGAACUCAGAAACCAGUUUAACACCAAGGUUACCAUCCUAGAAGAAGAAGCUCUACCGGGCGGACUGGCUUCUUCUGAGCGAGACGAUCAAGGCUUUCUCUGGGACAUGGGAGGCCAUGUCGUCUUCUCUCACUACGAUUAUUUCGACAAGACGCUGGAUCGUGCAGUACCACAUUGGAACCAGCGAGUCCGCGCGGCCUUUGCCUUUAUGAUGGGAUCAGACGGCAAAAGGAGAUUCAUCCCUUACCCAGUCCAGAACAACAUCGAAGCCAUGGACAAAACUGACCAGAAAAGAAGCCUGGAAGGUCUCCAAGAGAUCACCCGCAACCCACCGGAGGCCAAACCCGACAACUUCGACCAGUGGCUGUUGCAGAAAUUCGGGGUCGGCCUCUGCGAAGUGUUCAUGCGGAAAUACAACAAGAAGGUGUGGACAGUCAACACCACCAGAAUGAACUCGGUCUGGGUGGGCGAGCGAGUCGCCAUACCCGACGUCAACAAAAUCCAAGCCAAGAUUAAAGCCUUUGAUCAAGGGACUCCGGUGGAGGACUCGGGGUGGGGUCCCAACCGGUACUUUCGCUUCCCAAGAUUCAACGGCACCGGGAAUAUCUGGAGAGGAGUGGCAAACUUGGUACCGCGGGAAUGGUUUCAGUUCCGAAGCAAAGUGACGAGUGUCAAUUUUGACACCAAAACAAUAAACAUAGGAAGUGCAGGGAGUUCGCACCGUUCAUUGACUUAUGACACAUUGAUAUCGACGGUACCCUUGGACAAAUUUGCAAACUUACUUCAUGGUAACGAUCCAUCUCUGGCACAAAUAAACCACUUCACAUCGCAGCUCAUAUACUCUCACACUCACGUCAUAGGUAUUGGACUCCUUGGCCAACCCCCUGAGAUUCUCUCCGACAAAUCCUGGAUGUACUUUCCAGACUCCGAUUCUCCGUUCUACCGCAUUACAGUUUUCUCGGCGUACUCUGACGAUCACGUGCCCAGGGCGGACACCUUUUGGUCUCUGAUGUGCGAGGCGGCGGAACCCAAGUACGCGCCAGACCCAAGCUAUUGGUCAAAGACAAACGUAGUCGAGGCAACAGUCAAGGCUUUGGUGACGUACGGUUUCAUUUCAGCUGACAUGGUAGUGUCCAAAUACUAUCGCCGACUAGAUCGCGGCUACCCAGUUCCUUCUCUGGAAAGGGAAAAAGUCCUCCACAUGGUGCAACCCUGGUUAGAGGCAAAACACAUCUACUCCCGCGGUCGGUUCGGGGGAUGGCGGUACGAGGUUGCAAACCAGGACCAUUCUUUCAUGCAAGGGGUGGAGGUUGUGGACAGGAUUUUGCAAGGAAUAGAUGAGGAGACGUAUCCCAACCCAAAUCUCGUCAACUCUCGCAAAAACACGGGUCGAUUCCUGGAGCCGGACUCCAGGAAUGAAUUCAUUCUUUUGCGCAACUAGAAAUCUGUAAUUUUAUUCUUAUUAGAAACAGUUCAUGGUCAAAAUUGGGGUUUUAAACUUGUAACAGUAUGGUUGGCAAUAUGGGUAUUAAUUUUUUCUUAAGUCACAAAAAUGUAAAAAGAAUAAGCAAGUCUGUUGAAGUCUGUGGGCUGGCCCCUUGGCCCCCCGGAUCCACCCUUGGAAUAUGGAAUAGGAAUGAUUCAAAGGGAUUGCAUACUGACCCGAAAGCAUAAGUGUAACUAUAGUGUAAAUUUCUUAAGCAAUUUAAAGUACUUUUAUAAAUGUAACACACGUUUUUAAUUGUAUAUUUAACUUGAUAUUCAAUCUUUUUAUUGACAUUUUUCAACGGUUGUUUUGGUGUAUGCUUGAUUUUGUGCUAAUGUUUGUAUGGAUUUAACAUGGAUAUUAUUGUAUUUUAUUCUUAAACAAAUAUUUCGUGCAAACACGUUUAAUCGCAAAAAUGGGUUUUGGCAAAUAAACAGAAUGAAUUAAUAUUUUUUAAACUUGUUUUUUUAUAUAGCAAACUAGUCUGACGUCUUUGUAUCAUCAGAUAAGGUUAUAAAAAAACAAUAAACUUGUAGUCUCGAUA